CCAAAUCGAGUGAAUUUUUAUUUCUUGAACUGUCCCAAUCACUCACAAAAUGGGAAGAAGACCGACUGACUGAACUGAUUACAGAUGUGAGCAAGAAGAACAGAGCACCAGAUCUCACUGAGUUUUUGUCUUUGAAGCAAGCAUUUCCCUUGUUUAAGGAUCUUUCUCCUGAAGAAAGUUCUUUCAUGAGUCACCAUCAGGAUCUACUAAGUCAAUAUAUGCCAAAAGAGAAUACCUCAGAUGCUUGUGAACCUGCAGUUCAGGAAUCAAAAGUAAAAGUGGUCAGGCCCAGUUAUGUCCUUGCAAGUAAGCAGAAUUGUGGUUGCUAUUCUAUCUCUUUGUCCUCUGCACAGAAUGGAAGAUUGCAAGAAGUAAGAGAAACAGGAGCAGUUGAGAAUUUAAUUGUUUAUCCACCCCCACCUGCAAAAGGAGGACUGGGAGUCACAAGAGAAGACCUAGAGUGCUUAGAACAUGGAGAGUUUCUCAAUGAUGUCAUCAUUGAUUUCUAUCUUAAAUACCUGAUGUUGGAGAAGGCACCAAAACAUGUUGUUGACCGUACGCACAUUUUUAGCAGUUUCUUCUAUAAGUGCCUGACCAGGGCAGAAAAAAACUCUGAGGGGGAUGUCAAAGUUUCGGCAGCACAGAGACGACACAGAAGAGUAAGAACAUGGACUCGUCGCAUAAAUAUCUUCAGUAAAGAUUAUAUCUUUGUGCCUGUGAAUGAGGAGUCUCAUUGGUACAUUGCCGUUAUCUGUUUUCCAUGGUUAGAAGAAGCUGUGUAUGAGGAGUGUCCCCCUCAGAAUACAUUACAGUCUCCUCUUCGUUCAGAGAGUGAGAACACUAGAACUGGUUCGGUGUUCUUCAGGGAUGAAGGAAAAACAGAUGCUAAGAGAAGUUUAUUCUCAAAAGGUGGCAAUGAAAUUUCUGCUUGUGCUUCAGUUAUAGAUUCAGCUCUGUCUAAAAUCUCCCUAAGUAAUUCCAGCAGGCAGAUUUGUAAAAGGCCCUGUAUACUCAUCUUAGAUUCUCUGAAAGCUGGUUCUGUGCAGAAAACAGUUCAGGUUUUGAGAGAGUACCUUGAAGUGGAAUGGCAAGCUAAACGAAAAACACAUCGGGAAUUCAGUAAAUCAACAAUGAUUGACCUCUGUCCCAGAGUGCCUAAACAAGAUAACAGCAGUGACUGUGGGGUCUACUUGCUGCAAUAUGUGGAAAGCUUCUUCCAGAAUCCCAUAGUUAACUUUGAGCAGCCGCUGCAUCUGGAGAAUUGGUUCUCUCGUCAGGUGAUCAGAAGCAAAAGAGAAGAAAUUCGAGACCUGAUCUUGCAACUGCACUUCCAACAGCACAGUGGCAGCAGCAGCUAA